AUGAAGCUUGCUCUGUUUGCCGGUGUUGCGCUCCUCUCUGCCUCUGGGCUGUCGCAGACUUUCCAACGUCUGGGUGGCUGUCCUGAGCUGGGCUGCGUUUUCCCUCCAGACCAGGCCGAGUUCCUUCCCGGGCAGUAUUUCGAUAUCCGUCUGGAAGUCCAUUCACCCGUCAAUGGCUCCGAGGCACGCGUGGGAGAGCCCGACCCCAACUUCACUUUCACAAUUGCUCGCAAACAUCGACGAAGUAAGCCUAAAAAGGUCACAGACUUUUUCAAGAUCAAAGAAGCAGAGCUUGAAAAAUGGGACUUUACGUGGUACGAAGACCUCUUCGCGCAGGAUGCAAAGAAACCAUCCUUAGUCCGUGUCACUUCAAAAGCAUAUCGACGGGUCGCUUUGUAUGAGCCCGGAGAAUACGAAGCGGUCUUGACCUACUACAAUGGCAGGAAGACGAAGGCGACCUGGACCGUCAAAGACCUAUCCGUGUUCCGGAGAGCAAAGAAUGUGGUUUUCUUUAUCGGCGAUGGAAUGACCACCAAUAUGAUCACUGCGGCACGCCUGAUCGCACAUCGCUCCGUGAACGGAAAGUAUCAAACCAAAAUGCAGAUGGAUAAAUUUCCAGUGCUCGGCCACCAGAUGACGCACUCUAUGGAUUCAUUCAUUACUGACUCCGCCAAUUCUGCCACCGCUUUGUACACCGGACACAAGACCACAGUCAAUGCGCUCGGUGUCUAUGUCGAUUCGUCAAAGGAUCCGUUUGAUGAUCCCAAGGUUGAGACUAUUGCGGAAAUCUUCCACAGAUUAUACCCCGAAGCUGGCGUUGGUAUUGUGUCAACCGCUCAUCUAUCUAUCACAGCUGAUGCUACGCCUGCUGCUCUGACCGCCCAUACCCGUGAUAGAGGCGAAGCUGGACACGUAAUCGAUUCUUACUAUCAAGGAUUGACAAAUUACUCCUGGACAGAUUGGUCUGGCCCGGAUGUGCUCUUUGGUGGUGGUGCUGAGAACUUCCUUCCUGGAUCCAGAUCCUACAAGGGUCAGGAUUACUACAAGCUCUUUAAGGAGCGUGGAUACAGUGUCAGCUGGAAUGCCACCGCGCUUGCCCAAGCUCCCAACGACACCAAGGCGCUAGGCGUGUUCUCCGUGGGUGUCAUGGCAAAAUGGCUUGAUCGUAACGUGUAUAAGGACAACCUGCUUAAGAGGCAUAAUUACCCCGACGGCUCCGACAAAGAUGCCGUUGAUCAGCCUGGUUUGAAGGAAAUGACCUUGAAGGCAAUCGAUAUUCUCCACAACCGCUCCCGCAGGGGCAGGAAGGGAUGGUUCCUCAUGUCCGAAGCCGCCAGCAUCGACAAGCAGAUGCACGCCCUCGACUAUGACCGCGCGCUUGGAGAGCUUCUCGAAUUUGAUGACACCAUCAAGGCAACCGUCGAGAAGCUUCGCGCCCUCGGCGAACUGGAUGAUACCCUCAUCGUCGUGACUGCGGAUCACGGGCACGGGUUUGACGUCAUGGGUUCCGUGGACACCAAGUACUUGAAUGAAAAGGAUACCGAUCGCGAGAAGCGCAAUGCCAUCGGAACCUAUUUCAAUUCCGGUCUGUCGCAAUACACCGUGCAGACCGAUGCGUCGCUUCAUUACACUGACGGCGUGCAUUUCCCGUCCCAGUGGGACCCACGGUAUACCCUCUACCAAGGCGUAACUGCCAAUCCGGACCGGAGAGAGAAUUUCCAGGUUCACAAGGAUGGUUCGAGAGUACCAGCCAUCGAGCUUGAGAGGGGUUCGGAUGACUACUACGUCAACUACAAGGAUGCCGUGUCCGGUUUCGUGAUUAAUGGCACUCUGCCCGUGGCUGAUGCGCAGGGCGUUCAUUCAUUGACGGAUGUGCCGGUGUUCGCCAUGGGGCCGUGCCAGGAGAAAUUUGGUGGAGUCUACAAUUCCGUCGAUAUUUUCUUCCGCAUGGCUGAUUGCCUUGGUCUUGGGAAACCAAAGUGGAGGGGUCCCUUCUAA